CUAAUUUUUGACAAAUCUCAAGAUGAGAAGAGCAGACGAUCCAAUGGUCAAGUGUCACUUUGACAGGUCUCAUGUUAUGCCAAGACCAAGAUAUCAAUGGCACCUUGUUAAAUGCAAGGCUCAUAAAAAGUACCAAGACAGUGGGAGACCUAUCUAUCACUGCAAAUGGAACUACAUGCACAUAUUCUUCACCGAAGCAAAGCUCCUAAACCACCAAAAGAACUGCCACGACAAAGACGAAGAGUUCGAAAAGAACCAAGCCAAGCUAAAACUCAUCGAAAACCGCAAGACCCAGGAACAGAAAGACUCCGAAUACAAGCAAGCUAUUGCCAAGUGGAACCAGUCAGGCAGCGACUCUAGUUCUGAAGAUGAAGGAGAAGGAAGAGAAGAGGGGAAGAAGGUAGAGGAGAAUGGGGGGUUGGAGAAGGAAGAGGAGAAGAAAGAGGGAAAGAAGGGGAAGAAGGGAAAGAAGAAGAGGAAGAAGGGGAAGAAGCAGGAGCAGGAAGAGGAGAAGAAAGAUGAUAAGUGGGUCGGAAGUUGGGAAUCUCCAGUGGAGAUAUUUAAAGGCGAAGAAUCAGACCCUAAAGAGGUUAAGGAAGACAAGAAGGAUGAGACAGCCACUUCUGGCAUUAUGGGGAUGCUUCAGAAGCUGAACUUGGAUGACUCAUCAGACUCUGAUGUAUAACCUGCUUAUCAUAUCAUAAAAUUUCGUUUGAGUUUCUAUAGUUUUCUUUAGCUAUUUUAAUGAAAUUAUGAACUCUUAUAGUCAAGCUGCUCUAGACUUGGCUUAUGAAAUUUCCUGAGCUAAUUCAGGGAAUUUCUCACUUGAUUUC